UGCUUAUUACAUUAAAAGGACAAUGUUGACGGCCGUCGAUAAUUUGUUUACCGUGAGUGUUUCCGCGCCCGGGAAAGUCAUUUUGCAUGGAGAGCAUUCGGUCGUGUACGGGAAAACUGCGAUCGCUGUCAGCCUCGGCCUAAGGAGCUCCAUAGUGAUAAAGGAAGUAAACACUCCACACGAACCAGCAGUCCACAUACAUUUGCCGUGCGUGGAUCUACAGGAGACCAUUCCAUUGGAGCCGACAGUCAAAAGUCUGUUCCAUCCUAAACUGGCACCAGGGAUAACCGGCAAAUUCUCUUGGAGAUUACCCCACAAAAUCGACCAUGACUAUCACUUGCGAAGGGUGGAGGAAUACCUGCAUUUGAUCAAGCCUAACUUUGACUCGUUGCCCAACAAUCAAAAGAAUUCCUUGCGUAGUUUCCUAUACGUGUUUUCCGGGAUUUUCGGUAGCACAUAUCUACCGGUAAAGUCUAUGGAUAUUUCGAUGGGAUCUGAGCUCACCAUUGGCGCGGGUACUGGCAGUUCGGCGUCUUUUGCCGUCUGUCUAGCAGGAGCAUUGAUACAGCUGUUGAAAUUGAAGAGUUCUUCGGGGAAUUUCGAUGCAUAUUACGAUCAGAGCAGCCAAGAUUUUACGGAUACCGAAAAGGAGAUUAUAUCGGAAUGGGCCUUCAAUUGUGAGAAGAUAAUGCACGGAACUCCUUCAGGCAUAGACAACGCGACCUGCACAUUCGGGAACUUGGUAUCGUUCAAGAAAGGCGCUAAACCACGUCAUCUCGACAUAAGGAUGGAGCUGCGCGUGUUGCUGGUCGAUUCGCGGGUGUCCAGAGAAACGAGGACCCUGGUCGUUCGUGUGGCGGCCCUAAGGCAAAGGAACACGGCCGCCGUGGACCACAUCAUGGAGGCCUGUGAACACGUUGCGCACACUGCCACUCAGGUUUUAGAGAAACUUUCCAGCGGCAAGUGUGACCCCGAUACGGAGGCGGACUAUCAACAUUUAUCAGAGCUUUGGGACAUGAACCACUGUCUGCUGUCGGCUCUGGGCGUGUCUCAUCCUUCGCUCGAGGUGAUCCGAGCUGCAGCCAAGAGCAAGGGGCUCGCGUGCAAGCUCACCGGAGCCGGAGGUGGAGGAUACGCCAUGAUCUUAAUUCCACCAUCGACUCCUCGUUCGACGAUAGACUCGCUGUCCGGCCAGCUGCUGCAGAACGGUUUCCGGGUCACGGAGACGAGGCUCGGUGGACCGGGCGUCUCCAUAGAGAUGUGACCAAAGACAAACAAGAGACAACGGGUCUCAUAGCGCACGGACAGUUUGUGAAAAGAAAUAAACAAGUGUCAACUCACUGUCAUGCGGUGACAGUGACAGUUGAGAUGGUAGAUGAGUUUAUUGAGGUCUUUUUUUGAGAUAUUACCGAUAGUAAGAUGUAAAAAUAUCUCACUCGCCUGCCUUCCUUUAUUUAAUAAGAAGUUAGAGUAUAAUAUCUCUAAACUUAAUGGUUAAAGUCUGAUGCUAACAAAUUAUCAUUGUUAAAACAAUUGAUUGUAAUCGUAUGAUAAUCGAUAUUAUUCGAAUUGUGACUUAGAAAGCAUCGGUGAUGUACUACUAGUGAAGUGAAUAUCGAUCAAUCGAUUAUUCUUUUAUCGGUAUUCGAAUACUAUUUACUUAACACUAUUAAAAGAUUUCUUUCAGACGAAUGUAAAUCCCAGUGUAUUGUGAUUUUUUUAUUUAUAUCAGGACAUUUGUGGGAGAGGCCAAAGUUGUUUGGUUUACAAGGUUUUGGGUCCCAGUUGAUACCGUAAUGAGCUACAUAAGUUUUUGCUUACGGUAAAUUCUAUCUAGGUAUGUUUUUGUUUUAAGAUAUUAUUUCCAAUGAAAGUAUAUAGGAAAAUUUAGUAUUAGAAUUAGAAUUUUAAUAAUUUGUUUCGAACGU